CCAGUGACCUAUUUUCUCUCAGUUUCUCGGUUCCCAAACGCUGCUGCGAUUACGGCAAGUUGAGAAAUUGAUUGCAGAAAUAUACAGACGAUAGGCACCGGAACUAGUGAAGGGGGAGAGACAUGAACGGAGAAGAAGCAGGUCCGCCCGGUCCAAAGGUCCUCCGACUGCUCCUUUUUGUCGGUUCCGGAUUUCUGUUCACGGUAGCAAUCAACCGGUGGCGAGAAAUGGAGCGACGGUCGAUUCAGAAGCAAGAGCAACACGAGAAAGUUACAGUUUCCGAGAGCUCUGCUAAUGCUGUAACGAAAGCGAUUAAAUGAUCUCUCAGGGUGUUGAACAAUAGUUGGAGCUAGAACAAGGCUGCUUUCUGCUAGGUGUUGUAUUCUCUUUUGCAUCUUACUGCUAAUAGAGUAUAAGGGAACUAUGACAUUUUCUUCCAUGAAAAAUUGUUAAUUAAUGAUGUUUGCCAUCCACAUUUCUUCACAAUCUUUUUCCUUUUAUUCUAAAAUUUUGUCUUAUGUUUGUACAUAAUGUCACUGUUAGAUUAAGACAAGCAAAACACAAGUUGACCAAUCCAUCAAGUUUUUGGCCAUUUAGAAACGGAUAGGAGAUCAGAUAACAAAGUGUUUUUGGUAUUAUUUCUUUUUGAUGAAUUUGUGGGAUUAUUUAUUAAGUCCCAAAUUUCUAAUGUUGUGGGGGAAUUGUUCGAAGGGG